AAGAGAAGAGGCUUCCUUAAGGUAGGGUCAAUGUCCGAACGAUUUCAGCAAACCUUCGUCCUCUUGUUCCCUUUCUUUUUUCGGAGCAACUAAAGCCGUGAGUUUCAGUAACGCAGACGAAAAGCGUUUCACAAGCGAAACUUCGAUCGAACGAUUCUCGUAUUUCGAUAGUUUCUUGCUACAUCCUUGUUCUCAUAUCUCACGGGAUGCAACUCUUUUACGGUUUAGUUAUUCAUUCUAAAUCAAUUGACGAUCUGUGUUUCCUUUCCAACACAGUGUUAAUCGUUGAUAACGGGAAGAUUGUGUACAUUCAAGAAAACGCUGACAUUAAUAAGGUUCAACAGGAGCACAAAAUUUCUUCUGAAAAUGUAGUCGUCUUGAAAGAAAAUGAAUUUCUUAUGCCAGGAAUGAUUGACACCCAUAUACACGCCCCCCAAUAUAUCAAUGCAGGAUGUGGUCUAGAUCUGCCAUUACUAGGUUGGCUGAACAAAUAUACUUUCCCAACUGAAGCUCGUUUCAGUGAUCUAAGAUUUGCCAAUGAAAUCUACACCAGAGUAGUUGCAAACACUUUGACUAACGGAACAACCACUGCCAUGUAUUUUGCAACCAUCCACAAAGAUUCUGCUCUCUUGCUGGCAGACAUUGCAUACCAGAUAGGGCAAAGAGCCUUUAUCGGCAAAGUUAGCAUGGAUCAGAAUUCUCCAGAAUAUUACAUUGAAGACAAAGGCAGUGCUGUUAAAGACAUAGAGGAUUUUAUAGUUGCUCUGCAAUCAAAAAAUUAUCCAAAUGUUCAGCCUGCAAUCACUCCCCGGUUUGCUAUCACAUGCUCAAUGAACCUCAUGAAAACUUUGAGUGAACUGGCAUCCAAAUAUAAUGUUAACAUACAAACUCACGUUAGCGAAAAUCUUGCUGAGUGUGAUGUUGCAGUAAGCCUGCAUGAAGGAUGCCGAGAUUACGUCGAUAUUUACGCACAAGCAAAUUUACUCACUGCCAAAACCAUUCUAGCCCAUGGAGUUCACUUGUCCGACAAGGAACUGGAAGUCCUUCACCAGUAUCAGACUUCAAUCUCUCACUGCCCAAAUUCAAAUUGCUCAAUUCGUAGUGGAAUGUGCGAUGUUCGUCGCCUGAUGGAGAAAGGUUUACGUGUUGGCCUUGGAACUGACGUUUCCGGUGGCUUCAGUUCUUCUAUAUUGGAUGCCAUGCGUUUUGCCAUCACAGUUUCUAACAUCCUUUCGUUGUCCAAACCCGAAGAGUAUAAACCGCUGAAUUUCAGAGAUGUAUUUUUCAUGGCUACGCUAGGAGGGGCUCAAGCUCUAGGACUGGAUGACAAAGUGGGAAAUUUUGAAAUCGGCAAAGAAUUUGACGCAUUGGUUGUGAACCUUGCCCCAAUGGAUGGUAACCUAGAAAUCUGGUCGGAUGAAGGCAUGGAAAAUCGGCUGUCAAAGUGGAUUCAUCUCGGCGACGAUCGAUCGAUUUCUCGGGUUUACGUUAACGGAGUAGAAGUCAAGGAAGGGGCGACUAACACUCUGAGAAUUAAGCGACUAGGAAGCAAACGAAAAUCGUCGGAAAUGGUUUGAGACUUAAAAUUCUAUUUUUGCUUUAUUCGUCUUCAACUGCUAGUACAAACAUGGUUAGUUAGA